AUGAAUUCCGCCGAGCAGACCGUUACGUGGCUCAUUACCUUGGGGGUGCUGGAGUCGCCCAAGAAAACCAUCUCGGACCCGGAGGGCUUCCUGCAGGCGUCUCUGAAGGAUGGGGUGGUCCUCUGCAGGCUGCUGGAGCGCCUGCUGCCCGGGGCCAUCGAGAAAGUCUACCCGGAGCCCCGGAGCGAGGGCGAGUGCCUGAGCAACAUCCGCGAGUUCCUGCGAGGCUGCGGGGCGUCCCUGCGCCUGGAGAGGUUGUUUCCGCCAUUCCUCCCGCCUAAGCACCUUAGUCAAAACAUUUUAUUGACUCAGAAUACAUUUGAUGCAAACGAUUUGUAUCAGGGGCAGAAUUUCAACAAGGUCCUCAGCUCCUUAGUGACUCUAAAUAAAGUAACAGCAGACAUCGGCCUGGGAAGUGACUCCGUGUGUGCCCGGCCCUCCUCUCACCGGAUCAAGUCUUUCGACUCCCUGGGACCCCAGCCUUCACACGGUCGGACUUCAAAAUUGUUCCAGGGCCAGUAUCGGAGUUUGGACAUGACGGAUAACAGCAACAAUCAGCUGGUCGUAAGAGCCAAGUUUAGCUUCCAGCAGACGAAUGAAGACGAGCUGUCCUUUGCGAAAGGCGACGUCAUCCACGUCACGCGGGUGGAGGAAGGGGGCUGGUGGGAGGGCACGCACAGCGGCAGGACCGGCUGGUUCCCCAGCAACUACGUGCGCGAGAUCAAGCCCAGUGAAAAGCCCGUGUCACCCAAAUCUGGAGCCUUGAAGAGCCCUCCCAAAGGAUUUGAUACGACUGCCAUUAACAAAAGCUAUUAUAAUGUGGUGCUACAGAAUAUUUUGGAAACAGAAAAUGAAUAUUCUAAAGAACUUCAGACUGUGCUUUCAACCUAUCUACGGCCACUGCAGACCACCGAGAAGUUAAGUUCAGCAAACACUUCAUAUUUAAUGGGAAAUCUAGAAGAAAUAUGUUCUUUCCAGCAAAUGCUUGUACAGUCUUUAGAAGAAUGUACCAAGAUGCCUGAAGCUCAGCAGAGAGUCGGAGGCUGCUUUUUAAACCUGAUGCCGCAGAUGAAGACCUUGUACCUUGCGUAUUGUGCCAACCACCCGUCUGCAGUGAGCGUCCUCACGGAGCACAGUGAAGAGCUGGGCGAGUUCAUGGAGAUGAAGGGCGCCAGCAGCCCGGGCAUUCUCGUGCUGACCACCGGCCUCAGCAAGCCGUUCAUGCGCCUGGACAAGUACCCUGCGCUGCUCAAGGAGCUGGAGAGACACAUGGAGGAUUAUCAUCCAGAUAGACAAGAUAUUCAGAAAUCCAUGACUGCCUUCAAAAACCUUUCAGCGCAGUGUCAGGAAGUUCGGAAAAGGAAGGAGCUGGAGCUGCAGAUCCUGACGGAAGCCAUCCGGAGCUGGGAGGGGGAUGACAUUAAGACCCUGGGCAACGUCAUUUACAUGUCCCAGGUCCUGAUUCAGUGCGCUGGGAGCGAGGACAAGAAUGAACGAUAUCUUCUGCUCUUCCCAAAUAUUUUGCUAAUGUUGUCUGCCAGUCCUAGGAUGAGUGGUUUUAUAUACCAGGGAAAGCUACCAACGACAGGAAUGACAAUCACAAAGCUUGAGGACAGUGAAAAUCAUAGAAAUGCAUUUGAAAUAUCAGGGAGCAUGAUUGAGCGGAUCUUAGUGUCCUGCAGCAACCAGCAGGACCUGCACGAGUGGGUGGACCAUCUGCAGAAGCAGACGAAGGUCACCUCUGCGGGAAACCCCACCAUUAAGCCUCACUCUGUGCCGUCUCACACCCUCCCCUCCCACUCGGUCACGCCGUCCAGCAAGCAUGCGGACAGCAAGCCCGUGCCGCUGACGCCCGCCUACCACACGCUGCCUCACCCCUCGCACCACGGCACUCCACACACCACCAUCAACUGGGGGCCCCUGGAGCCUCCGAAGACCCCCAAGCCCUGGAGCCUGAGCUGCCUGCGACCCGCACCCCCUCUCCGGCCCUCAGCUGCUCUCUGCUACAAGGAGGAUCUCAGCAAGAGUCCCAAGACCAUGAAAAAGCUGCUCCCCAAGCGCAAGCCUGAGCGGAAGCCUUCGGACGAGGAGUUUGCGCUGAGGAAAAGCACGGCUGCGCUGGAGGAGGAUGCCCAGAUUCUGAAGGUCAUCGAGGCUUACUGCACCAGCGCCAAGACGCGGCAGACGCUCAACUCAACAUGGCAAGGCACUGACCUGAUGCAUAAUCACGUCUUGGCUGAUGACGACCAGUCAAGUCUAGACUCCCUGGGUCGUCGCAGCAGCCUUUCUCGUUUGGAGCCUUCAGACCUCUCGGAAGACUCUGACUAUGACAGUAUAUGGACAGCCCAUAGUUACAGGAUGGGUUCUACAUCUCGUAAGAGCUGUUGCUCAUAUAUCUCUCACCAGAACUAAUGCACUUCUGAGCUUUUCUUAACGAUGCUUGUUGUACCGCAGCCUGCUUUUCUUAGAUGUUUUCUUGCUGUUUCUUGUCUCUUUUAUGUGAUGUUUUAACAACUUUUGAGAGCGUUUCUGAUAUUUCCCAUUGUACUUUGUGGCGGUUUAAUUGCCAUUUGGAGCAUCCACUCAAGUUACUGACUGUUGAAGGAGACGGCGCCCACACAGCCUGCACCCGAGGGUCCUUUCUCAGCGGGCAGUGGUGGCUCUGUCUCCAGAUGGCUUGGUUUUUUAUUCUCAGUGUAGCAACUGUCUCAUUUCUUUUUAGAUACAGCCGUACGAACACUUUUGUAUUUUAUACUGAAACCACACAGGUUUGUGAUCUAAGUGCCAGCGACACGGAGGAGACCCUGGCCUUCCGUACAGGGAUGUAAUUUUGUGUGUGUACUGGACGCGGCGACCCAGUAGCUGUGGAGAGAUAAGAAGA